AUGUUGGGACAUAAGACGAGAAUUGACAAGACGAUCGCCGGUCUGUUGCUGCACCAGCUGACUACUGCGAAGAAGAUUGUAUCUAAAAUUAACCAACAUCACUCAACGACGCGGGUACCAAAGACUGAAUGGGAGCGAUUUGUAAAUCUGAUGGACGGUGCUACUAACCAGCUUCCGUGUCGUCACAUUAUGCACCUUGCUGACGUUGGUCACAGAUUUGACGUGCUUCCGGUUUUGGCCAUUCAUGACCGGUGGAGCCUAAAUGUCAAAGUAAAAGUUGCCGAAGCUAAAGACGCCAUUUGA